AUGUCUUCUCCCUCUUACCCCAAAACAGCCGUCAACAAACUCGGCCGUCUGCCAAAUAGAGGUUAUCCCCGAUACAUAAAAAAAUUCCCAGGCACCUACGACUACCAAACCAUCCACACCCUCAUAAACCGCACGCCCAUCCUUCACGUCUCCUUCACCGACCCCGCCCACCCCUUCCCCGUCGUCCUCCCUAUGCUCGGAUGUACAGGAAACUACUCAUCCCCCAACGAUUCCCCUGCCCAAGAUGUCUACCUUCACGGCUACAUUUCCGGCCGCCUCUUCAAACAAUCCGCUGGAUCCCCCCAGCAGCAAAACCAACAAGAAAAAAACGAGGAAGGCCUCCCAGUUACCAUUGCCGCAUCGAAUCUCGACGGUCUAGUCUUGAGUCUCACCCCGUUCCACAAUUCGUGCAAUUAUCGGUCUGCGGUUGUGUAUGGGUAUGCGAGUCUUGUCGAGGAUGAAGACGAGGCCAUGUGGGCUAUGCGGGAGAUUACCGAGAACAUGCUGCCUGGGAGGUGGGAGGGGAGUCGGGUGCCGCCGACCAAGGCGGAGGUGAAUAGUACGGGGGUGAUUAGGGUGAGGGUUGUUUCGGCUUCGGCGAAGAUUAGGACGGGGGGACCGAGUGAGGAUCGUGCGGAUUUGAAGAAUGCGGAGCUGGUGAAGAAGACGUGGACGGGGGUUGUGCCGUAUUGGGGGUCGUGGGGGGAGCCGGUGCCGGGUAAGGAGAAUGGGUGCGAGGAGGUUGAGGAGUAUAUUGAGAGGUGGAGAGUGGUUGAGAAUAAUAGGGGGAGGCAAGAGGCGUUUGAUGCGACGACGGAGAAGUAA